AUGCUCAAUCAAACUUAUAAUUCAUGCAUUCCUCUUAUUAUUGAAAUUCUCAUUUUAUCGCAACAAAUCACAGCACGACAAGUUUUUAUGAAGGGCGAUAUUAUAUUGGGUGGUCUAUUUCCUGUGCAUGAAGCAGGUCGAACUGGUUCCGAAUGCGGUUCAUUAAAACCUGAACAAGGUAUACAGAGAUUGCAAGCAAUGCUGUAUGCGUUAGAAGUGAUUAAUAGAGAUGAUAUGGUUCUACCGAAUAUUGCAGUUGGCGCUCAAAUUUUUGAUACUUGUUCAGUGGACUCAUAUGCCCUUGAACAAUCGUUGGUUUUUAUAAAGACAAUGAUGUCUGUUGGCGAAGGAAUUGUUUGUUCUGAUGGCUCACGACCACUCUAUAAGCAACAACCUGUUGCAGCAGUGAUUGGUGCUGCAAGUAGCCAAGUAUCUGUGAUGGUUGCUUCUAUACUUCAACUAUUCAAGAUACCGCAGGUGAGCUAUUCAUCAACGGGUGUUGAACUCAGUGAGAAACCAAGAUUUGCUUAUUUCUCGAGAGUUGUACCACCAGACAAUCUUCAAGCCACUGCAAUGGCUCAUCUGGUGAAUCUCUUAGUCUCAAAUCUUGGUUGGUCAUAUGUGCAUGCAAUUGCCGUAACUGGAAGCUAUGGCGAAAAAGGGAUGGAUUCAUUUCGUGCUGCUGCAGUCCAAUUUGGUAUUUGUAUAAGUGGUGAUGUGCAUAAAAUUAAUCGACGUUGGACCGAUCAACAAUUCAGGGAACUUAUUAUGAAAAUGAAAAGGACGCAGAAAGCGAGAGGUGUCGUAACAUUCGUUGAUGAAGAUAAUCUUCGAAGAAUAUUAUCAAAUCUUGAAAUUAUGAUACGAGAUGACCCGUCAUUAAACCAUUACUUUUGGUGGAUAGCUAGUGAUUCGUGGGGCAUUAAACAAUCAGUUAUCAACGGCUAUAAAAAAAUCUCAGCUGGAGCCAUCACACUUGCUCCAGAAUUGCGAACAGUUCCAGAUUUUGACGACUACUUCAUGAGAUUGAAGCCAACGAAUACAUUUUUACGCGAAUACUGGAAAUCUUUAAAUUGCUCAGAUGUGUACAAAACUUUUGGAGAAUGUUUUCGCGACACUGGAAUCGAGUUCAAACAGGAAGCAUACGUACCUUCCGUUGUAGACGCAGUUAAUGUUGUUGUCUACGCCCUACAUAAUUAUAUAAAGAAUUCGUGCGGUGAUAUUACCUAUGAGAGAUGCUAUAUAUCAAAAACGGGAUUCGAUGGAAUGAAACUUCAAAAUUAUUAUCGAAACGUUUCAUUAAAAGGUGAUGGUCCGCCACUAAUCGACAAUAAUGGCGAUGGACUUGGAAAAUAUGGAAUUUAUCAAUUGGAUGACUUGGGAUUCUAUAAAAAAGUGGGAAAGUGGUCGGCAUAUGAUGGACUUGUCUUAAAUAUUGAUACUGCAUGGGAUGGAAAAUUACCGCUAUCGGUAUGUAGCAAAGAUUGCAAACGCGGUUAUUAUCGGGCAUAUCAGGACCAGCAGUGUUGUUGGACUUGCAUUCCUUGCGAUAUCACCACAUCAAUCAUUGUAAAUGGAACAAGUUGCCUGGAAUGUCCUAUGGGUAAAAUACCAAACGGUGAUCUGAAUAAUUGCGAACAAAUAUUACCGACAGAAUUGCAAUAUGACAAUCCGUGGCUGAUUUUUCCGGCACUGUUCUCAACUCUUGGCAUCUUAGCUACAGUUUCCGUAUUUGUUCGAUAUAACUCAACUCCAAUCGUUAUGGCAUCCGGCAGAGAAUUAUGUUAUUGUAUGCUUACGGGUAUUUUACUUUGUUACCUUGUCACUUUCGUCUUGGUCGCCAGACCAAGUGCUUCUGUUUGUGCUGCGUCAAGAAUUUUAAUAGGCCUUUCAAUGUCAGCUAUAUAUGCAGCUGUAUUAACGAAGACUAACAGAUUAUCUCGAGUAUUCACACCCAAGAGUGCAGCACCACCUAGUUGUAUAUUACCUUGGUCACAGUUGGCAAUUUGUGGGGGAUUUGUGAGUUUGCAAAUUAUUGGCUCGGUGAUAUGGUUGAUAGUUGAUCCACCAACUAUAGCUAUACAAUUUCCAACAAGAACUGAAGCUGUAUUAACGUGUAAAGCAACAUCAUCUCAUCUUCUUAUCUCACUUGCAUACAAUAUGCUACUCAUUAUCGCCUGUACUUUAUAUGCUUUCAAAACAAGAAAGAUUCCUGAAAAUUUCAAUGAAACGAGACAUAUUGGCUUCACAAUGUACAGUACGAGUAUUUUAUGGCUUUCUUUUGAUUUGCUUGUAACGAAUGAUUUAUUUCAGAUUCAAAUUACAAGUUUAUGUAUGUGUAUUUCGUUAUCUGGGACGGUUGCCUUAUGCUGUUUUUUUGCACCUAAGGUUUAUAUCGUUCUCUGCCAACCUUAUAAAAAUGUUCGAAAUAGGCAAACUACAGUUGGCCGGCUUGUUAAUCAACAAAUGAGAUUUAUAAGGUAUAUUUUCAGCUUCAAAGAUGAAAUUUACUCAAGCGUGAACGAUUAA